AUGAGUUGCGCAGUGGUUUCAGGUUCCGAAACUCGCUUUCAUUUCUGCUCAAAACCCAUCAAACCCACGAAAAAUUGCCUUACUGAAAAUGUUUCAAUUAUUUCCUUUCGUUCCCAGUUGACAGAUCAUUGGAUUCAAUUCAAAACUCCAUCUGGGAUUCAGAGAAACCCAGCCAGCAGGGCCAAUUUUAAGGCAUUUUACGCUUCAAAGCAAAGCACAGACAGUUUCUAUGAUGUGUUGGGAAUUAAAGAGAGUGGAACAAUUUCUGAUAUAAAGAAAGCUUAUAAACAAAUGGCAAGAAAAUAUCAUCCUGAUGUGUCUCCACCAGAACGAGUUGAUGAAUACACCAGGAGAUUUAAACUGGUUAAAGAGGCCUAUGAAACCCUUUCUGAUCCACACACCAGAGCUUUGUAUGAUCAAGAUUUAGCUAACGGAUCGGGCUUCAAUUUUUCUUCUGGAAGAGGAUAUGAACAUCACCAGAGAUGGGACGAGAGAAGGGAGUGGAAAAUGAGGUGGCAAUCUCAACUAAGUGAAUUGAAGGAAAGGAAAAAGGAUUCAGGAGGAAGAAUGUCUUGGGGAGCUCGAAUGCGCAGCCGAAGACGAAACAAUUCAGAGUAG